GUUUUUCUGCUAUUCCACACCUAAUGAUACCAUCUACCACCCAAGCAACCUUAACUAGUAUUCUGUUGUCUGGAGUACCUAAUUAUAGUCAAAACACUCCAUCUCCACCGCCAGGCUUGACUCCUGUUGAAGUCCAUGUUAACGGCAUGCAAUCAGAGAGUAAAAAAGGCUCACCUUCUUUAAAUGGUCACGUAAAGACCUCAAAUAUCAAGUACGCUGCACUGUCUGCCACAUCACUAGGAGAAAAUGUGUUGAGCACAAACCACAGUGAUCCAGUAAGACAAACAAGUACUCAUGGUGCCUCAGACCAAGUAGCUGCCAAAACAAGUAGUACAGAAGGUUGCAAUGAUGCUUUUGUAGAAGUGGGCAUGCCAAGAAGUCCAUCCCAUUCUGCAAAUACCAGUGAUCUGAAGCAAAUGAUGAGCUCUUCCAAACAGGCCUGUGCUAAGAGACAAACGGUUGAAUUACUGCAAGGCACCAAAAACUCUCACUUACAUACCACAGAGAGGCUGCUCUCAGAUGCAGAGUUAAGUGCUUCUGAAAGUCCCAUGGCUGAUAAAAAGGCUCCUGGAAGCGAACGUGCAGCAGAGCGAGCAGCAGCUGCACAGCAGAACUCUGAAAGAGCACGUCUGGCUCCACAGGCGUCAUAUGUAAAUAUGCAGGCAUUUGACUAUGAACAGAAAAAGCUACUAGCAACCAAAGCUAUGUUAAAGAAGCCAGUUGUUACAGAAGUGAGAACUCCAACAAAUACAUGGAGUGGUUUGGGAUUCUCUAAAUCUAUGCCUGCAGAAACUAUCAAGGAACUAAGAAGAGCGAAUCAUGUAUCGUACAAGCCAUCUAUGACAACUACAUACGAGGGUUCAUCGAUGUCUCUCUCACGAUCCAACAGUCGGGAGCACCUGGGUAGUGGCAGUGAAUCUGAUAACUGGAGAGACCGUAAUGGGCUUGGACCCGCAGCUCAUAAUGAGUUUGUCUCCUCAAUUGACAGCACCAAACGGAAACAAAAUAAAUCAGCUGAACACUAUCUCAGUAGCAGUAAUUACAUGGACUGCAUUUCCUCACUGACGGGAAGCAACGGCUGUAACCUGAACAGUCUGUUUAAAGGAUCUGAUCUGCCUGAGCUGUUCAGCAAACUUGGUCUGGGCAAAUACACAGAUGUAUUCCAACAGCAAGAGAUUGAUCUGCAGACAUUCCUUACUCUUACUGACCAAGAUUUGAAAGAGUUAGGAAUUACCACUUUUGGUGCCAGGAGAAAAAUGCUGCUUGCAAUCUCAGAACUGAAUAAAAACCGAAGAAAGCUCUUUGACCCAUCAAACAUACGUGCCUCAUUCCUGGAAGGUGGAGCUAGUGGAAGACUGCCACGUCAGUAUCAUUCGGACAUUGCUAGUGUCAGCGGUCGCUGGUAG